UAGCAGCCACAGACCAGCUCAGCUCGCCAGGGCAGCACCUCGGCCCUCUCCAGCGUUUCAGCUCCGCACCCAGCCAGAUGGGCAGCCCAUUCAGAAGAAUGGACAUCCUCCAUGUGACCUUCCAGUCUCUCCAGAAGCCUGUUGUGAAGAAGACCUCCAAGGGAAGCUACAAGAAGUGAGGUAUUGACCAGAGGAAGGAGACAGCACGAAGCAACAGCACAAAACAGAAGCCUGCAAGAGGGCACUGAGGACAGCCCACAUUUCUGGGAGAAGAGCAGGGAGUCGGGUUUGCCAGGCAGUCUGAGAGAGGAGCAAGGAGGAUGGCAGCGGGCAUCAUCACAGCAGGGUUCACCAUGGCAUCAAGACAGCAUGCAUGCACCAGGAUGGGUGUGCUGCAACAGAGGUGCACUGGGCGUCUGCUCUGUGCGCUGACCCUCCUCGAGGCUGCUGGGACCUUGGCCUUGAUGCUCUACGCGCUGCUGUGGGAAGCCGGGAACCUGGUAAACCUUCCUGACAAACGCAUUGGCUUUUACAACUUCUGCCUGUGGAAUGAGACAGCCAGGGAGCUGCAGUGCCUGGAGUACAAGCAUAUGGAGGCGAUGGGCAUCAGCCUACUAGGAAUGGUGCUAGCCAGGGUUUGUGUGUAUGCCUGCCUGGUCUUCACCAUAUUCUACCCCAUUUUUGUUGCACAUGUGAAGUGCGCAGAGGAGAGAAAGGGCUGGAAGGUGAUCCUCAUCAUACUCACCAUCAAGACAAUAAUCCUGUCUGGAGGCCUGGGUACAUUUCUUUUCCAAACCUCGCAGUGGAUUCACCCCUCUGAUUUCACUGGGGGCUUCCAGGCACUGCUUGGGACUCAGGCUCUGCUACUGCUCCAGAUUCUCACUGUCACUGUGUACCUCAGCUGGGCCAAACACACACACCCACGUCAAAGCCCUUUUACUGAAGAGGCCCUGCCCAUUGAGAUUUGACAGUGAAGAAGAUGUAAGAGCUAUUGAUAACCUGAUUUAAAACAGCAAUCCCACUACAGCUUUAGUCAACAGCAGAAAUUCGAUCCUUAGUCCAAAGGCCCAUGUCCAGCCAUGCUCUGGCACAUGGCUGCAUGCAGCGCUCCUGCAGCAAGCAGGCAGCAGACACCAA